CAGCCGUUUCCGUCCAGUCCACAGUAUCGUCCGUUUCGUCGUUCCUUGAUUCCCUCCCGCAUAUUAGCCGACUCCUCAUUUGUUGCAAAAUCGAAAUUCGAACCCCAACUUUCGCCGAUCCAUCGCCAUGGCGUCGCCUCUCGAGUACGCUCGCGCCGUGCUGCAGGCGCGGCUUCUCCAGGCGGCGGAAGACGGCGACCUCCCCCUCUUCAAGAGGACGGCGAGGGCGCUGGACGGCGGGAAGGGCCGCCUGAGGGAGGCGGUGGAGGGCGCGACCGCGAGUAAUUGCGGCGCCAGGGCUUUGCACGUCGCCGCCGUUCACGGGAGGAUGCCCUUGUGCGCCUACUUGGUCGAGGACCUCCAGGUGAAUGUCGACGCCACCGACGAGUCAGGCGAGACAGCUCUGAGUUAUGCAGCUGUUAAUGGAAUUGUGAAUAUUGUGCGCUAUCUUCUUGAUCAUGGUGCCAAUCCAGAUAAGUCUGGUCCUCGAAGGUGUACUCCUCUCCACAUGGCAGUUGGACAAGGGCAUUGUGAAGUAGUAAAGGUUUUGCUCUCAAAAGGAGCUGAUGUCAAUUGUUAUUCUGACACGGGGACUCCACUGCAUAUUGCUGCUGUAUUUGGGUUAGAUGAUGCUAUGAAGGUUUUGUUGGACCACCAUGCAGAUUGUAACAAAGCAGUUUGCAUCGCCGAUACACCUCUCAUCGUUGCUCUCCGAGCUCACCGGCGGAAAUGUGUGAAGCUUCUGAUUAAGGCUGGUGCUGAUUUGAAGGGUCUUGGCAGUGCUGAUCCCAUAAUAGUUGCUAUAACUGAGGGUUUAACUGAUUGUCUCAAGUGCUUACUAAAUGCUGGCGCUGAUCCCAAUGUCAUUGAUGAUUUUGGACGCCUGCCAAUUGAAGUUGCUGCAUCUCACAAUAGCCGGGAAGACGUUGAGAUCCUAUUUCCAGUAACUUCUCGCAUUCCAUCAGUGCGUGAUUGGAGCAUUGAUGGCAUAAUGGCUUACGUAAAAUCAAAAGAGAAGGAUGACCCUAUUUUAAAAAUGAAUCCAGCUAAUAUGAAGAUAGAAGGAAACAAAGCAUACAAGAGAAAAGACUAUAUUACUGCAGCAAGGCUCUACACCAUGGCAGAAGGUGACUACCCAGAGAAUGUAACAUUGAUUUCAAAUAGAAGCGUUUGCUGGCUUAACAUGGGUGAAGGAGACAAAGCUUUGCGGGACGCUCAAAUUUGCAGGGCACUGCGUCGUGACUGGCCAAAGGCCUGCUUCCGGGAAGGGGCUGCUCAAAUACUGUUAAAGGACUAUGAAAAGGCAUGUGAUGCAUUCCUUGAUGGCCUCAAAUUAGACCCAGGGAACAGUGAGAUUGAGAACGCCUUAAGGGAGGCUUUACAUUCCCUGGUGGUAGCACAUGCUGUCAAGAAGGGCCACUGAAGUGUCAUCUGCCCCAAGAAAGGAAAACUUCUACGAUGUUAAAAGAAAUUAACUGGCCUCGACAAGCAGAUUAUGUGAUUUGAUCACUCUGCAAUGCGCUGUGGACUCCAAUGUAAGAAUAUAAAAGUUGAGCGCUUAAAAUCAGUAUUGCACCAAGAGCGUUGUCCACGGCUUCACAUCUUCUCAUGUCAGAUGAGGCCGAGCAGUUUGGGCAAGCUUGGGAGUUCCCUGCAUAACGAAACAAUUACUGAAAUCUAUUGUCUUCACACUCAACCAUUUAAUCUCGUCCAGAGGUUGGUAGAUGUGAUGGCAUGAAAAAAGCAAGACC